AGGUUUCCUUUUGUAAUCCUGGUUAAGCAAACACACAGUUGAAGUAAAUUAUCCAUUAUCCAAUCCCCUUUCUCUAAUUAAGGGUAAUGGAGUGUGAAGGGGACACAGUAAUCCCUGAAAUCUUGUUUACUUCAGCGGAGCCUCCCCUUGGUGAUGGGGGAGGGGAGACACCUGCCACCAUCAGCCGCCUUGACACCAUUCUGGGACUCUCUGAAAGCUUUCUUGAGCCUACAAGAGGAGGAUGUGACGCUUUUAUUUAUUUGACGUGAGAAAUGACAUCUUUCCCAACUUGGAGUAAAAAUUGAAAAGCCGCCAUUGUCCUAUCUGUUGAAGAGGAACCACAGUCAGGUGUGGUCUCUUGAGCCCAUUUCUGUUUAAGAUUCAGUGCUGACCUUCAUUGUUAGACAUAACCUAGCCAUCUUCUCCCUUGUCCCCUGGCCCUGCUGACACACGGUUCUCUCUUAGAAAGGACACACAUUCAGCCUCAAGUCCUACAUAGUUGUGCAUGUCUCCUGCCUGGCUAGUUAGACCUGAACUCCAAGGACCUCCUCCUGAGCCAUGUAGUGGUGUGCACUGCUCAGUAAUUAAGCCUAAUUGUGUUUUAUGGCCAGCAAACACCCGUACUGUUCAUUUCCAUUUUUGACAGCGUAGUAAUUGAUGCCCAAGCGCCUGUCUAGCCCCUGGGCUCUGCCUAAGUGUGUUUGCUUGGCAUUUUCACCUGUGCUGAAUGAAGAGACAGGAGUAUAUGAUCUUGCCUUGUUUCCAGCUGCUUCCACUGCCACCGCCGCUUCCCCUCCCCCACCCACCCUCCUUUUUUGAGACAGUGUCUGCUGUGUAGCUCCUGCUGUUCUGGAACUCACUCUGUAGCCCAGACUGGCCUUGGUCUCCAAGACCCAUCUCCUCUGCCUCCCGAGAGGAUUAGAGGUGUGCUGCGAGCUGUUUUAAAACUUUUCACUUUUUAAAAAAAGUUUAGAGUGGCUGGGCAGGGGUGGCUCAGGCCUUUAAUCCCAGCACUCCCGAGAUAGAGGUAAGCGGAUCUCUAGGAGUUCAAGGCCAGCCUGGUCCACAGAGUGAAUUCCAGGAAAGCCAGGGAUACACAAAGAAACCGUGUCUCAAGAGAGGAAACUGAAGUAUAGGGCGCCGCUCCCUUGAUAGACUCUGACCGGUACUGUCUUCUGGUCCUCCGCACGCUGCACAGACAUGCAUACAAGCACAACACCCGUAGGCAUAAAGAAAGAAAUCUCCAAAAAAAGAGAGAAAAAAAAAGGCUUAGGUUUAUGGUCUUGUUGUGAAAUUCAAUGGCAGUGGUUUUGAAGUCCUGAGCACUGUUUUUAAAAUGUGUGCUGAUGUGCCCGCACACGCACGUGCAGUGUAACAUGUAAUACAAGGCAGAUCCCAGAACUUCGGGGAACUCCUGGAAUGGUAUGUUCUAGAUAGCUGAGAUACUGUGUUAAGUAGCCCCAUGUGUCGGAAUCUCCCCAUCCUUCUUUGGAAUGUGGUGAUUCAUGACUCAGUCUUUAAAAGUUAAAGGUCCAGCUGAUGGCUGGCGUAUUGCAACUAAAUCCUGUCCGUUGCGUCAUGCACGACUGGGGCUUCAUCUUGUAUUGUUCUCUCCUUGGUCCGGCUUCUCUCUUCACGCUCCUUACCUGACACUGCCUUCACCCACGGUCUGUGCGUGGUUCCUGCAGCUGCAACAGCUGGAUCGCAUCCAAGUAUGACCAGCAGGCCGAGGAGGAUCUGCGCAACUGGAUAGAAGAGGUGACAGGCAUGGGCAUUGGGACCAACUUCCAGCUGGGCCUGAAGGACGGCAUCAUCCUCUGCGAACUCAUAAACAAGCUACAGCCAGGCUCUGUGAAGAAAGUCAACGAGUCCUCACUAAACUGGCCGCAGUUGGAGAACAUCGGCAACUUUAUUAAAGCCAUCCAGGCUUACGGUAUGAAGCCCCAUGACAUAUUUGAGGCAAACGACCUUUUUGAGAAUGGCAACAUGACCCAGGUUCAGACUACGCUGGUGGCUCUAGCAGGUCUGGCGAAAACAAAAGGAUUCCAUACAACCAUUGACAUCGGCGUUAAGUACGCAGAAAAACAGACACGACGCUUCGAUGAAGGCAAGCUAAAGGCUGGCCAAAGUGUAAUCGGUUUACAGAUGGGGACCAACAAAUGUGCCAGCCAGGCGGGUAUGACAGCCUAUGGGACUCGGAGGCAUCUUUAUGAUCCCAAAAUGCAGACUGACAAACCCUUUGACCAGACCACCAUCAGCCUGCAGAUGGGCACCAACAAAGGAGCCAGCCAGGCUGGCAUGUCGGCACCGGGUACCAGAAGAGACAUCUAUGACCAGAAGCUAACAUUACAGCCGGUGGACAACUCGACCAUUUCUCUACAGAUGGGCACCAACAAAGUUGCUUCCCAGAAAGGAAUGAGCGUGUAUGGGCUUGGGCGGCAAGUGUAUGACCCCAAGUACUGUGCCGCACCCACAGAACCUGUCAUUCACAACGGAAGCCAGGGCACGGGAACAAAUGGGUCAGAAAUCAGUGAUAGCGAUUACCAGGCAGAAUACCCCGAUGAGUAUCAUGGCGAGUACCCAGAUGAGUACCCUCGAGAGUACCAGUAUGGUGACGACCAGGGCAUCGAUUACUAGAGUCACACACAGGAGUGCAGUAUUUAGUCCAUUGUUUAUCCAGUGAGACCCAAGCUAGCCUUGAGUAAUUCUUAUCUCGUCUUCCUAAACACUAUUACGCUUACUGUACCUUUAAAGAAUGCCUUACGUACAUUCCUUUCUCCCUUUCCUGCCUCCUCCCUAAAUUGCCUUCUAGUGCUGUAGCGAGGGAAGCCUACAGCCUAACCAGUAACUCGCGUUGGAAGAAGUGAGAAGGAACGCUGUGCGAGGGCAGCCAGCUCUUUCGUUGAAGAUCUAUGCAUUUUUUUACACUUACACGUAAACUGGUAUUUUCAAACAAUAGGAAACUAUUUUUUUCUUUUUUACAGUUUAUUAUGUAUCUGGCUUGUACACGGAAGACUAAGAAGUUGAUUUGCUAAGUGUGGUCUUUGCCAAGUAAUCUAACAUGCAGCUUUAGAACCUGACACGUGGAUGCUUCUGCACAGUGUUGUCUGCUAAGUUUUAAAUAAAGUCGUGAUCAGUGUGA